CUGGGACCCGCUACCCAGAGCAGCGCAGCGCAGCCGCAGCUGAGUCGAGGAACGCUCACAGCAGGCCAUGGGCAAGUCAGCUUCCAAACAGUUUAAUAACGAGGUCCUGAAGGCCCACAACGAGUACCGGGCUCAGCACGGUGUCCCGCCACUGAAGCUUUGUAAGAAGCUCAACCGGGAAGCUCAGCAGUAUUCGGAGGCCCUGGCCAGCACAAGAAUUCUCAAGCACAGCCCAGAGUCCAGUCGUGGCCAGUGUGGGGAGAACCUUGCGUGGGCAUCUUAUGAUCAGACAGGAAAGGACGUGGCUGACAGGUGGUACAGUGAAAUCAAGAGCUACAACUUCCAGCAGCCUGGUUUCACCUCAGGGACUGGACACUUCACAGCCAUGAUAUGGAAGAAUACCAAGAAGAUAGGCGUGGGGAAGGCAUCUGCGAGUGACGGGUCCUCCUUUGUGGUGGCCAGAUACUUUCCAGCAGGGAAUAUUGUCAACCAGGGCUUCUUCGAAGAGAAUGUCCCACCUCCAAAGAAGUAACUCACGCCACCAAAUGUAAUGGGAUGGAGAUGCAUACAUGAGGUGCCUCUGGAACCACAAAAAGCCAGCGAAUGUCUGUCCCUGUGGGUGUAUGUACUUAUGUGUUUACCUGUGGGCAUCUCUUGUGACAGCCGCAUGGGAGCUUAUUCUGAUUAAAGGAUGGGAAUCAGAAACAUUUA